GUGACUGUGACUGUGUCCCUCCAAAUAUCUUCCCCCUCUCCAGUGGCAGUGAAACUGAAAAACCUCUCAAAAACCCAUCUUCUCUCUCUUUCUCUCUGAUGUGCUUCACUCUCACUCUUACUGCCCAAAAAUGCAAACAUCUCUGACCCUUCUACCCUUCAAAACCCCCUUAAUUUUCCCAAUCCACCACCACAACCCCAUUUCACCAAAGCCUCUACCUUCUUCACCACAACCAUAUCAACACCACACCUUUUCCCAAAAACAAACCCAAACCCAUGCCAGUCCUGUGAAUUCCUUCAAAGGGUCGGGCUAUAUAUCGACUAUAAGCCAAGCUAUCAAAGAAGAAGAGGAAUACCGCAGAGCACGUGCCGAAGUUCUCCGCAAAGGACUUGACUUGGAAGGCAUUUCAAUCGAGGGACUCUCCGUUGGUGGCCAUGAGACUUGUGUUAUCAUUCCUGACUUCAAGUGUGCUUUCGAUAUCGGCCGCUGCCCCUCACGUGCCAUUCAACAAAGCUUUGUCUUUAUCACUCAUGCUCAUCUUGAUCACAUUGGUGGGCUGCCAAUGUAUGUAGCCAGCCGUGGUUUAUACAACUUGAAACCUCCAACGGUAUUUGUGCCUCCUUGCAUCAAAGAUGAUGUUGAGAAGCUUUUUGAAAUUCACAGGUCCAUGGGCCAAGUAGAACUGAACCUUGAUUUGGUUGCAUUGGAUGUAGGAGAAACAUAUGAAAUGCGGAAUAACCUUGUCGUCCGAGCAUUCAAAACUCAACAUGUCAUACCCAGUCAGGGUUAUGUCAUCUACUCAGUUAGGAAAAAGCUGAAGAUGAAGUACAUUAACAUGAAAGGCAGACAAAUUGAGAAAUUGAAGAAGUCCGGUGUUGAGAUUACAAAUACUAUAUUGUCUCCAGAGGUAGCCUUUACUGGCGACACAACUUCAGAUUAUAUGCUUGAUCCACAUAAUGCUGAUGCAUUGAGGGCCAAAGUUCUUAUAACUGAGGCAACUUUCCUGGAUGAAGGGAUCAGCAUUGAGCAAGCACGACAACAUGGUCAUACACAUUUAUUUGAGAUCAUUGAACAUGCUCAGUGGAUUCGAAAUAAAGCAGUUGUUUUGACUCAUUUCUCUUCUCGCUACAGUAUAGAGUGUCUGUCUGUCAAUUGCAGGACAUUCGUCAAGCUGUAUCAAAGUUGCAGUCCAAAGUGUCAGCAAAAGUGGUUCCUCUUACAGAAGGAUUCAAAUCAAUGUACUCUUAGUUAGAUUCCAGGGUUCAAUUUAUGUAGCAAAUCAAAUGUAUUCAGAGAGAGAGAGUCAGUUUGUAAUAUAUUGAUGAUUUAGUUGAGAUGUAUCAUUUUGUCACUUAUUCUUGUCUUUGUUGAAAUGAUCAUGUUGCUAGCAAGAAUCUGUUCAUAAUGUGCCUUGUUAAUGCCAAUAAUUAGUUCUUUCUAACUGACAA